AUGCAUGGGAUCCUCACGGCUAUAGACUUCUUUUCCAAAUGGAUCGAAGCUAUCCCCUUGCGACAUGCCACAGGCAUCGCUGUUACAGUUUUUAUUCGUGAAAACAUUGUUUACCGUUUCGACAUCCCAGCGAUUAUCCUGUCAGACAAUGGCACCCCUUUUGUAAAUUAUCGGGUUGCUCAGCUCCUUCAGCAAUAUGACAUCAAACAACGCCGAUCUUCUAUUUACUAUCCCAAAGGCAAUGGUCAUGCUGAAGCAACCAAUAAAUCUCUCCUUAAAAUACUCAGUCGCAUGGUCACCGAGCACAAAUCUACUUGGGUUGAUCAACUGCCGUUAGCUCUAUGGGCCCAUCGAACCUCCAAGAAAUGA